UAUUUCGGACAUUUCGGUUUCCCUUUGGCGUUGGUUUGCUAUUUGGUAGUUUUGCUCCGGGAACCUACAAAAUUGAAGAACGACGUUUGGUUGACUAUUUGUGAAUUGCGAAUAAAUUUGAUCGAUAGUCCGUACUUCAAUAACUGGAACGAGCAAAACUUGGACGUAACACAAAGUUCUUCAAUUAUUGGUUCUGUGUUCAUUCUUUGGAUUAGUCUGGACAGUAAUUUGGGUCCAAAUUCUGGUUCUACUGAACGAAGGCGUACUAUGGAAAGUCGAAGCAAAAGACAGAGGGAAAACGACGAAUUGGACGGUAAAAAUUUCCAGAGUUGUUUGUGGUAUGUAUGA